CUGUGAGAGUCCUAUCGGCUGCUUCAGUCAUCUCCCAGCCGUGUGUGUGGUGUGGGCUGGACCUUGAUGGGACACUGCUCCGUGCACACUGACUGACUAAGAAUGGACUUCGCCCUCUAACACAAGUGCCGUGUUCGUUAUGAACUCCAGCCUCCGUGCUUUAGGUGGAAGGAUAAACAAUCGAGCAACUGAACUUCCAAAGGAAAAAAGUAGGUCUGAAGUGGUUUGCAAUGUCCGUUUCCUGGAUGGCUCUCAGCAAAGUUUCAGAGCUAAUAAACAAGACACUGGGCAGACACUGCUUGAUAUGGUCUUCAGUCACCUGAGUGUAAAAGAAAGAGAAUAUUUUGGCCUACAACAUCAGGAAGAAUCACUAGAUUCACAUAGAUGGCUAGAACACAACAAACCAAUUCGAAAACAACUGAAGGGAGGUAUUCCUUGUUGUCUUAUCUUUAGAGUACGAUUUUUUGUACCAGACCCAAACACUCUACAGCAGGAUCAAACAAGACAUUUGUACUUUUUACAGCUGAAAAAUGAUAUACUAGAAGGAAGGAUACCAUGCCCACUGAAUUCAGCUGUUGUUCUUGCUUCAUAUGCUGUGCAAUCUGAGUUUGGCGAUUACAAUAAAUCAGUACAUCUUUCCAGAUACCUUUCAAAUAAUCAGUUCAUUCCUGAUCAAGACAAUGAUUUUAUAAGUAAAGUGGAAUCCCUCCACAACCAGCACAGUGAUCUUGGACAAGCUGAAGCUGAAUCCUGCUACAUUAACAUUGCAAGAACUCUUGAAUUCUAUGGAGUUGAAAUGCACAGUGGCAGGGAUCUACUAAUUGGAAUAGCUUCUGGCGGCAUAGCAGUAUAUAGAAAACAGAUUUGCACCAGCUUCUAUCCAUGGGUAAACAUUUUAAAAAUCUCAUUCAAAAGAAAAAAGUUUUUCAUCCAGCAACGUCCAAAACAUAAUGAAUUAAGAGAUCAGAUAAUAGCCUUCAACAUGCUGAACUACCGAGCAUGUAAAAACCUUUGGAAAUCAUGUGUGGAACAUCAUGCAUUUUUUCAGACAAAAAGAUCACUACCUCGUGAAAAGAAACUAUUGUCUAAUUACUGGACCCUGGGUACAAUUAACCACGCCAAAUCUGCCAGCAGUCAGCUUUGCAAAAAAGUGAUAGGUGGUAUGGUGUUAAACCCAAAUUUAAGGAGAUCUUUGUCUGCGGAGCAUCUUGAAACAAAAAGCCUUCCUUCCCGUUCUCCUCCUAUUACACCAAAUUGGCGAAGCCCUAGAUUACGCCACAUCAUUAGGAAGCCACAGCACUCAUCUGCUGACAAUCUAGUGAAUGAAAUGACCUAUGUGACAGAAACUGAGGAUGUGUUCUACACUUAUAAAGGCUUUCCAACUUCAAAAUAUAGUGAUUCCGAAUUUUUUCAGAAUCAGAGCUCACGGAGAAAUAUAUUAGAACACAGUCCGAGAGAAAACCAGUUGAGCAAUCAAGGUUCAUUUUCGAGUUCUCCCAAUGGGUUGUCAAAUCAUUCAUAUUCAAGUCUACUUGAAGGUGUGGACAGGACAUUUUUAGACACCUAUGAUACCAUCAAGAAAGGGAAGUCAACAGAGGAUUCCAGUCAGUACUACUAUGAUAAGAAUGAGCUUGCCAAUGGAAAUUUGCUGUUGAUCCGUAUCACACCUGAUGAAGAGGGCAAAUUUGGAUUUAACUUGAAGGGUGGUGUGGAUCAAAAAAUGCACUUGGUGGUCUCCAGAGUUUCCCCAGGAUCACCUGCAGAUAAGUGUUCUCCUAAACUUGUGGAAGGUGAUCAGAUUGUGCUCAUUAAUGGUCGAGAUAUCUCAGAACACACGCAUGAUCAAGUGGUUAUGUUUAUAAAAGCCAGCCGGGAAUCCCACACUAGGGAACUUGCUCUACUUGUUAGACGAAAAGUUCUGAAGAUGUUUGGAGAGCUGAAAUCAAGCGAUGAAGCAGACUUUCAUCAUUUUCCACCAACAAUACUUCCCACAGAAUACUGUGAUACAUUGCAAGGGUCAAUGGAGCAACUUGCUAAAGGCCUUGAGACUGGAAUUGUCCUCAUUCAGUUUGAGCAAUUAUAUCGGAAAAAACCUGGGCUUGCUAUUACCUGUGCAAAAAGUGGUCAAAAUAUGGAUAAAAAUCGGUAUAAAGAUGUCUUACCUUAUGACUUAACACGAGUAAUUUUACAAGGGAAAGAAGACUACAUAAAUGCAAGUUACGUGAAUAUGGAAAUUCCAAAAUCAAAUAUUGUAAACAGAUAUAUUGCCACCCAAGGCCCUCUUCCUCAUACUUGUGCACAUUUCUGGCAGAUGGUUUGGAACAACAGAUUAACACUUAUCAUCAUGUUAACAACAUUAACAGAACGAGGAAGGACCAAAUGUCAGCAGUAUUGGCCUGACCCUCCUGAUGUGAUGGAAUAUGGGAAUUUCCAAGUUAUAUGUAACUCUGAAGACUGUACAAUCGCUUAUGUCUUCAGAGAAAUGACAUUAACAAACAAAGAGACAGGAGAAGAGCUUCCAGUUUCUCAUUUGCAAUAUGUUGCUUGGCCUGAUCAUGGAGUGCCAAAUGAAUCAUCUGAUUUCCUGGAAUUUGUAACUUGUGUGAGACGAAGAAGAGUGGAAAAGCAACCCAUCCUUGUACACUGCAGUGCCGGGAUAGGUCGUACUGGUGUCCUGAUUACCAUGGAAACAGCAAUGUGUAUGAUUGAACAAAAUCACCCUUUAUAUCCUUUGGACAUUGUGAGGCAAAUGCGAGACCAGCGGCCUAUGAUGGUUCAGACAUCAAGUCAGUACAAAUUUGUCUGUGAAGCCACUCUCCGUGUUUACAAGGACGGUAUAACACAACCAUUGCAUCACAGUUGAUCUAAAUAACCUGCUUAUCAAAGGGGCUUCCACAAGAAACAACAUGAUGUCUCAAGAAGAGCACAUCGGUGGCAUUUUUAAUUUCACUAAAGCAUUUUAAACUAUGUCUGUAUAUAUAUAUAUAUAUAAAAUAUAUUGUGUAUAUCUGUCCAAAAAUCUGUAUAAAUAAUGAACAUAGAUUUGCCACAAAUUGUAUUAUCACAACACCAAAUGCCUUGUAUUGCCUUAGAAUUAAACCUACUGUUCUUUGUGAGUAUCAGCACUGCAUUUUAGGCGAUAUACUGUAGUUCAAUAGAAAAUAGAGUAACCUAGCACAUAUACAUUAUUGUUAAAACUUUUCUGA